AGAUGCUGCUUUUCCGCUAGGUGUCGCAUUACACUCGAAACACAUCCUGUGUAGGGUUUUUUGAUGCGGAACGGUGUAGAUCUAGAGUAUUAGAGUUUUGAGGAAUUUUACAUCAUUUCACUGCACAGUCUGAUGUUUUAGCGACAGUCAACUGCAGACGGCAUCAUGUCGGAUAGCACAGACGGUGGGGGCUCGGAGCAGGAUGAUUUUUCCUUCCUGCGAACGGAUGACAUUUUCUGCCUGAGCUGUGUGACAUCCACCCGUGAGAGCGAUACCACAGAGAGAGUAUGUCUGGCUGCCGAGGGGUUUGGGAGUCGGGUGUGCUUCUUGGAAAACAUCUCUAGUAAGGAUGUACCGCCAGAUAUUUCGGUUUGUUCCUUUGUGUUGGAGCAGGCACUUUCGGUCAGAGCUUUGCAGGAAAUGGUGUCUUCCACAUCUCCGGAAUCUACUACUGCCCAGUCAGGACAUCGAACUUUACUGUAUGGUCAUGCAAUUCUUCUCCGGCACCUUCAUAGCAAUAUGUACCUGUCCUGUCUGUCCACCAGUUCCUCUACUGACAAGCUAGCCUUUGAUGUAGGUCUGAAAGAGAAAGCACAAGGUGAAUCCUGCUGGUGGACCAUUCAUCCAGCUUCCAAACAGAGGUCAGAAGGUGAAAAGGUUAGGGUGGGAGAUGAUCUGAUCCUGGUCAGUGUUUCAUCAGAGAGAUACCUACAUAUUGGCAGUGGAUCGAUGGUGAUAGCAUCAUUCCAACAAACACUAUGGACCGUGAACCCAAUGUCAUCGGGUGCCUACAGAAUGAAAUCAGUUGGGUUUGUAUUUGGUGGUGACGUCAUUCGGCUUUUUCAUGGACACAUGGAUGAGUGUUUAGCUAUUCCAGAAGCCGGUAGUGAAAAUGAAUUCAGUGCAGUGAUGUAUGAAACUGGAGCGGUGUGUAGCCAUGCCAGGUCAUUAUGGAGAAUAGAAAUCAUCAAAACUAAAUGGUCUGGGGCUUUCAUUCAGUGGGGACAACAGUGUCGUUUACGUCAUGUGACAUCAGGACGUUAUUUGGGAAUUACGCAUGACAAACAGGUGGUGACAGUUCACAGGAACAAAGCAGCUGAAAAAGCCGUCACGUUCUACCUUCUCCAGACCAAGGAUGAGAAGAAACAGUCGGAAACGUCUGAAGAUGAAGGGAUGGGAAAGUCUGAUAUUAAAUAUGGUGACACAAUUGUGUUCAUCCAGCACUGUGAUACAGGACUCUGGCUGUCCUAUCAAACAACAGAGGUCAAGAAAAAAGGGGUUGGGAAAGUGGAGGAAAAAAAGGCUGUAAUGCUAGUGGAAGGACACAUGGAUGAUGGGUUCACUUUCUCAAGAGCUCAAGAGGAAGAGUCCAGGUCUGCACGUGUCAUACGCAAGUGCCAGUCAAUCAUCCACAGAUUCAACAAUGUUCUGGAUACCUUGAAAACAGAGGGUCGGUCUGGAGUAGCCUGGUCUAGGAUAACUCUGUCAGAAGUCCUGAAAUGUCUGGAAGAUUUGAUAGAGUAUUUUGAACAACCUGACAGAAAUGAAGAACAUGAAGAGAAACAGAACAAGCUGAGGGCAUUGCGUAACAGACAGGACUUGUUCCAAGAGGAGGGAAUGAUAGCCCUGAUUCUGGAGACUAUUGACAAAUUCACACAGUACAAGAGUCCUCGACACUUUGCACACUAUGCUGGAGAGGAUGCUGCAGACACGUAUGAAGAUAUUGCCAGUUACCUCUACCUUCUGCUAGCUGCUAUGAUUCAGGGAAACCGUGCAAACUGUGCCCAGUUUGCUCAGUCUUACCGUCUAGACUGGUUGGUGAGGAGACUGGAGGGUCAGCAGUCCUCUAAAGGUGUCCUGGAUGUCCUUCACUGUGUCCUUAUCGACAGUCCUGAGGCUCUGAAUAUGAUCAAGGAAAAACAUAUCAUCACAAUCAUAUCCUUGAUAGAUAGACAUGGACGGGACCCCAAAGUUUUGGAUGUGUUACGGUCACUUUGUGUUGGAAAUGGUGUUGCUGUGAGAACCAAUCAAAAUCUAAUCUGUGAUAAUCUGUUACCCGGCAAGGAUCUACUGCUGCAGACUAGUCUUAUCAACCAUGUAUCAAGCAUAAGACCAAAUAUCUUUGUUGGUGUGAAAGACGGAUCUUCAAUGUACAAAAAAUGGUAUUUUGAAGUAGUUGUCACUCAGUUUGAGGCAGCCAAUCAUCUUCCACCUGUUCUUAGAUUGGGCUGGGCCAAUACUGAGGGCUUUAUACCAUACCCUGGAGGUGGAGAACACAAAGGGGGAAAUGGCAAUGGAGAUGACCUGUAUUCCUAUGCAUUUGAUGGGGUCAACUUAUGGACAGGUGGGAAACCCAGGAUUGUGAGAGAUGCUGAGGAAACCUUUAAGUCUGGAGAUAUUGUUGGAUGUGGCUUGGAUCUGACCAUCCCACAGAUUACAUUCUCUGUCAAUGGCAAGCAAGUGAUGGGCUUCUUCAAGGACUUCAACCUAACAGGACUGUUCUUCCCAGUAAUUACUAUGUCUGCUAAAGUUGGUUCCCGCUUCAUGUUGGGUGGGGAACAUGGUAAACUGAAACAUGGCCCUCCCCAAGGGCACUCGGCUGUGGUGGAGUCACUGAUGCCCAAGGACAGACUGAGGCUGGAGCCCUGCUUUGUGUUCGGAGAAGUGUCCAAGAACAUCCUGAGUGGACCAACAGAAAUUACAGAUUAUGUUCCUUUUGUGCCAAAAGCUAUAGAUACAGCAAAUAUUCAGUUACCAGUGUAUAUUGAAAAAGUUAGAGAUCGUCUAGCCGAAAACUUACACGAGAUCUGGGCCAUGAGUAAAAUAGAACAAGGCUGGAAAUAUGGAGAAAUCCGAGAUGAUCAGAAGAAAACCAAUCCAUCUCUCACCAACUUUGAAAAGCUGCCAAAAUCAGAAAAGAAAUAUGUAGUGACUGUUGCCUACGAAACACUGAGAACUCUUCUUGCCAUUGGUUAUCAUAUAUCAGUGGAUGUACAGAAGAAAGAAAACAACAGACUCAAGAUGAUCAAGCUUGGCAAUGACUUCCUGCAGAACAAUGGUUACAAACCCACGCCUUUAGACCUGUCCACGGUACAGAUGAGCGAGGUAUUGGAAGAUUUAGUGGACAUGCUGGCAGAAAACACACACAAUGUUUGGGCCAAGGACAGAAUCAAACAUGGCUGGACCUAUGGCCUAUUUGAGGAUGCAGCAAACAAAAGAAGCCCAUACUUAGUACCAUACAAUAGAGUGGAUGAAAAAAUUAAGAAAGCAAACAGGGAGGAAGCCAACCAGGUGGUCAAGACCCUGGUGGCUUAUGGCUACAACCUGGAAGCACCUACCAGUGAAAUGGGAGAAAGCUCUUUGAAAGCUCAUGUCAUUGAGAAGAAGGAGAAGCUCACCAAGACAAGGACGUACAGGGCAGAAACCACGUAUGGGGUGACAUCUGGAAAGUGGUACUAUGAAUUUGAAGUAAUUACUGCAGAGUUCAUGAAAGUUGGGUGGGCCAAGAUUUCUCUUGAUCCAAGUACAGAGCUGGGUUUGGAUGGCAGUUCAUAUGCAUUUGAUGGCUUUGGGGGAAGGAAAUGGAACCAUGGAGCAGAACAAUAUGGAAAACUGUGGAAAACGGGAGAUGUUAUUGGAUGUAUGCUGGACCUUAAUGACAAAACCAUUACCUUUUCUUUGAACGGUGAGCUGAUGAUGGACUCCAUGGGACAGGAGAUUGCCUUCCGUGGAGUGGAGACGGGAGAGGCUUAUGUUCCAGCUGUCACUCUUAGCUGUCACCAGCAGUGUAAACUCAACCUAGGACAAGAUGUCAACACCCUGAAAUUCUUUACUUGCUGUGGUCUGCAAGAGGGAUAUGAACCAUUCUGCGUCAAUAUGACCCGCCAGAUGACUCUUUGGUAUGGAAAAGAUUUGGCAUUGUUUGGGGACAUUGGGGAGGAUCAUCCUCGUCUACAGGUCCAGAGAGUUCCUGGGGCGAAAAAUGUCACACCUUGUUUGAAAGUUCUAUCCAAGACUUUUGGAACAUUAGAAAAAGUUUGCUUGGAAUAUCUCCGUCUUGGGCUGCCAGUAAUCUGCAAAGAUGAAUUUGUCACGAGGUCAUCAACAUAUCCCACAGCUUUUGAGAGACGUAUGAACUUAGAAAACAUCCGUAGACAUGAAAUGGACAUCCAGGAGGAGAGCGGAUACUCUGUCAAUGAUUUAGAUACAACCAUGGAGAAUGGAUCUUUGGAUAACAGCAGGAUCCUGACAGAUACUAAACAAGCAGGCAGCCCUUCCAGCAGUGGGCCCAGUGACAUGACUCAACCAGAGGCUGCCUCCCUUACCCCAGUCAAUGGGGAAACUUCCAUACAUGAGGAUGAUGAAGAAUAUGCAGAGGAUAUGAUGAAUGGUGACACAGAAUAUAGGAAAUCUGGUUAUUCAGAGGACACCGACUACACCCACACUACUGCCAGUGACAGAAGAAAGAAAUAUCUGGACAAAGGUGGCCAUCACUCACUAGAUGAUUCUUCACAGGACAAGCUGUCCUCAUCCAGAAUUAAACCAGCAUCCAGUGAGUCUCACCUCAGUGGCACAGAGAAACUGGCUUUAAAUGUUCCAGGGGGAAAGAGGUCAUCUUCCAGACUGUCUCUGCUUGGAGAUAAACUUAUUGACACUGCCAAGUCAAUUGGAGAUAAGAAGUCAAAGACUGGACGAUCUCCUUUUCCCAGUAUUUUCAAGAAGUCCAAAGGACAAGAUUCUGCAGCGCAGGAUGGCAAGAGGACAAGGAGUGUGGAGUAUGGAAGUAUUGACAGACGAGUGGAUCCAACCAAAAGUCAUCGAGAUCAACACAGACAGACUAACAGAGCAGCCACACUGCCAAUGUCAAGGACAAUUAACUCCAUGGACAGUGACACAGCAGGCUCCACACAGGCACCAGCCAUCAACAUUGAGGCUCCAAGGGGGAUGAUUCCAUAUGAAUUCCAGGAUGCCAUAGGUAGGCGUCGCCACAGUGAAGGAUCGGAUGCUGAGAUAUCGGAUGCUGAGCUGACCGAGCUGCAGGCUAUGGCUGACAUGAUUGAUGAGUAUCACUAUGCAGUGCGUGUUUUACCAGGACAGGACCCUGCUCAAGUGUUUGUGGGCUGGGUGACUCCAGGUUUCCACUUCAGUGAAACUUCUUUUGACAUGAAGAAAACCAGACAUGUUGUCUUAUCCACACUGGAUUCUGAUUACAACUUGAAACAAAGCGUCAGCAGAAAGAAUUGUUAUAUGGUGUCAGCAGGGGACCUUCAGCAGAGGUAUGCUGGCCUGAGUCAGGAGAGCUCAGGGAAGCGAGCCUCCCCAGGGUUUGUGGUUGGCUGUUUCAUUGACACCAGUACAGGUCUCCUGUCCUUUACUGUCAAUGGUAAGGAAGUGGCCAAUAAGUAUCAGGUGGAACCAGGAACUCGCCUGUUUCCAGCAGUCAUCUGUGAACCAACCAUCAAAGAAAUGUUACAGUUUGAGCUUGGGCAUACAAAGUACACACUGCCCCUGUCUGCUGCUGUGUUCCGGGGUCCUAAGCAGGUUAUCCCAGCUUGUCCUCCCAGACUGGACGUACAAGUCCUGAACCCCAGCUGUUGGGGUCGAGUCCCCACCAACAAUCUCAAAAUCCACACGCUCAAAAUGUCUGAAAUUAAAGGCUGGAGCAUGCUCUGUGAUAAUGCUGUUGAAAUGCUGAGUGUGUACAUACCAGAAGAAGAUAGAAGUAUGGACAUUCUAGAGCUGGUGGAACAUCCAUCCUUAUUGGAGUUUCAUGCUAAGACAUUGGAGCUGUACAUGGCAGUCUGUUACCAUGGCAAUCACCGAGUCUCGCAUGCCUUGAUCUACCAUGUUGACAUGCGACAGAUGAUGUACUGUAUACAGAGUCAAUCUCUGUGUGGACCACUACGAAUGGGAUAUCAUGACCUGUUGAUUGCCAUGCAUCUUGAGUCACAUGCUACUGCAAGGCAAAUGACCCAGAAUGAGUUCAUCAUUCCCCUGACCCCUUCUACGAAGGACCUGAGUCUGUACCGCCGACCUAGUAACCAGGACGGUCAGUACAAGAUCAAACACUCCAUACCAAAUAUGGAUGCCAGUGUGUCCAUCCGGCCGCUACUGUACAUCUCAGAGAAACAGAUAGAAACCAGAAUCAAAGAGGCAGGUCAGGAAUCUACUUCUCCCUUUUUCCCCAUUGAAAAGCUAAAGGAGCAUGUGCUUUGUGCCCUACAGGAGGCUACUGUAAAAGGAGCAGCCCACAUCAGGGAUCCAGUCGGCGGAAGCAAUGCUGAUCUCUUUGUGCCAUUACUAAAGGUGGUCGACAACCUGCUUGUGAUGGGAGAACUGACAGAUGAUGAUCUGAUUUAUGUGCUAAGGUUGAUAGACCCGGAGUCUUUUGAUGACAAUUACAUUCCAGGGGAAAAGAAAGAAGGCAUUCUGAGCAUGAAGUUGGAUGAGGCAGUCAAAUUGGAGAUGUGUCAUUUUUUGCAACACUUGUGUGACCUUCAACUCCGACACAGAGUGGAAUCAGUGGUGGCCUUCUCUGAUGAUUAUGUGGAAUCUUGUCAGAAUGAUCAGAAGAGAAGGUACAUCGAGAUCAAACAGUCGGACCUGCCGUCUGCUGUAACUGCAAAAAUGACCAGAGAAUUUCGUUGUCCACCUGCAGAACAGAUGAGAAAUUUGCUGGCUUUCAAAAACCCAGUGGAACUGGAAGAACCAGUUCAAUAUUCUGCAUUCCAACAGGAGAUACAUGAAAGACUGUGGAAAUUCCACAAGGACUUGAUACAUCACUGUUCCAUGCCAACUGCUCCAGAGGAAGAAGCAGGGGAAGAGGAGAAGGAAAAGACGGAGGAGAAACCCCCUCCCUCAGCUGGGGAGAAACUGCUACAGCUGGUGUGGAAGGCCAAGGACGAGGCCCCAGUGGUGGAGACGCCCAGUGGAGACUCGGCUCCAGCAACUCUUCAAAAUCUGAUACAACACACUGUGAUCAAAUGGGCUGAAGAACAUACCAUACAAAAUCAAAAGCUAGUGAGAGAGAUGUUCAGUUUGCUUCACAGGCAGUACAACGGCAUAGGGGAGCAACUGCAGGCAUUAGACAAGGCCUAUGUGAUAAGUAUUGGCAGUAAAGAUGACAUUAAACAGCUGUUGAGAGCAUUAGGAAACAUACGUUCUCUGCUGCUAGUGCAGGCUGGCCCUAGUGAAGAGGAUCUCAUGAAAAACAGCCUCAAAGAAUUGAUGGAUAACAAGGUGUUUUUCCAGCACCCGGAUUUAAUGCGAGCUCUCUGUGUUCACGAGACAGUGAUGCAGCUGAUGGUGAAUACCCUGAACAAAGCCCAACAGCAGCAGCAAUCUGCCAACAGUGCCAUGGCUGAACUCAUCUCCUCCCAGCAGGGAAGACGUGGCUCCUUCAUCCCAUCAGGGACAAUGGAUAGCCUGGUAGAGCACACCAAGGAUGCUGCUGCAGAAAUGGUGGUGAUGUGCUGUCGUUUCCUGUGUUACUUCUGUAGAACCAGUCGACAAAACCAGAGAGCCAUGUUUGAACAUCUGAGUUACCUGUUGGAAAACAGUAGCAUGUUACUAGCCCGCCCUUCACUGCGUGGGUCCUGUCCCCUGGAUGUGGGCUACUCCUCCCUUAUGGACAACAAUGAGCUGGCCCUUGCCCUGAGGGAGAGUCAUCUGGAAAAGAUUGCAAUGUACCUGUCUAGGUGUGGCUUGCAAUCCAAUGGUGAGCUCCUGGAGAAGGGCUACCCGGACAUUGGCUGGGAUCCUGUGGAGGGGGAAAGGUUCCUCGAUUUCCUCAGAUUCUGUGUCUGGGUUAAUGGUGAAAGUGUUGAAGAGAAUGCCAACCUAGUAGUCCGUCUUCUGAUCCGACGUCCCGAGUGUCUGGGGCCAGCACUAAGAGGAGAGGGUGGGGGAUUACUGAAGGCCAUGAAAGAUGGCAUCAGAAUGUCAGAACAGAUUGCAGCUUUCAAAGACAGUCUGUCUGGAAGUUACCUGUGUGCUCUCAAUGAUGAGGAUGACUCUGGAGGGAGAUACCUGUUUCAAAGCAAGUACGACUUUUCCUCCCUGCCGCCUGAAGAUGAUGAGGAUUAUGUAGACAUGGGAGGUGCCAUUCUGACCUUCUACUCUAGUCUGGUGGAUUUGCUGGGACGCUGUGCUCCAGAAGCCGAGGCUAUUAAAUCAGGACGCAGUGACUCCAUCAGAGCCAGGUCCAUCCUCCGCAGCUUGGUGUCUAUGGAGGAUUUAGAGGGAGUGCUGGGCCUUAGAUUCAUACUGCCAGUGAAUCAACCACCGCCACCAGAUGAAGAUACUGAAAGUGCAGCACCACCUGCAGUUAAUCUGCCCCCUGGACUGAUUCCUACCCACAAGGCAUCUAUAAUGAUGUUCCUGGAGAGAGUGUAUGGAAUAGAACACCAGGCGACAUUCUUCCGAAUACUCGAGGAUGCCAUAUUACCUGACUUGAGAGCAGCAACCACUCUAGACAAUCAAGUGAAUGCCUCAGAAAAUGACAUGGCUCUGGCACUGAAUCGAUACAUAGGGAGCAGUGUCUUGCCCUUCUUGACAAACUACAGCCAUUACUUCAGUGAUGCUGACCAUGCCUCAGCCCUGCUAGACUCCACACUAAACACUGUGUAUCGGCUGUCCAAGUGCAAGUCACUUACCAAGGGGCAGAUGGAUGCUGUCUCCAACUUCCUUAUUUCUUUCACAAACCAACUGAGGCCACCAAUGAUGACCAAACUGCUGAGAAAACUAACACAUGAUGUGCCAGUUUUAAAUGAAAACACAGUUAUACCACUUAGGGUAUUGACCUCCUAUUAUGAAAGAUGUGGGCGCUAUUACAGCGUUGUUGGAUGGGGGUCCUAUGGAAGUGCCACAGAGGAAGAGAAACGACUGACAAUGAUGUUGUUCACAGGAAUUUUUGAUGCAUUGGCACAGAGGUCAUAUGACCCUGAACUGUUCUCAAAAGCUCUGCCCUGCUUGUCAGCCAUUGGUUGUGCUCUGUCACCAGAUUACUCCCUGUCUCAUCAUGAAGAUCACUGGCUGAGAGAUUCUAGUGAGGAUUUUGAUGGAUCUUACAAUCCACAACCAGUGGACACCUCCAGAGUGCAAUUGAACCACUCGUAUGAUGUGACCAUUAACAGAUUUGCUGAGCAUUUCCAUGACUGUUGGGCCAUUAAGAAGAUAGAUCAGGGUUGGGUAUUUGGCACAAAUUAUGAUGAUGAAAGGAAAACACAUCCAAUGCUGAAACCGUACCAUCUUCUUGAUGAAGAGAAUAAAUCCCAAUACAUGAAUCCGAUCAAAGAGAACUUGAGAGUGAUGUUGCACUGGGGAUGGGUGCUGGAACAAGAUCAGGCUAGACUGCAGGCAAACAGAGAGAGUAUGAGGCGUCGCAUGUCAAAAGAUGGGGCCCAUCAUGGAUACAGUCCCAAACCAUUUGAUCUCAGAAACAUGACCUUGACCAGAGAGAUUCAGGCACUUGCUGAAAGACUUGCAGAAAACUCACAUGAUCUGUGGGCAAAGAAAAAGAAACAGGAGCUAGAGGACAUUGGAGGUGGUGUCCAUCCUCAGUUGGUGCCUUAUGAUACUCUAACCGACAAAGAGAAGAGGAAAGUCCGAGAUCAUGCUCAGGAGCUUCUCAAGUUUCUCCAAUUCCAGGGCUACAGAGUGGGCAGUAGCAGUGACUCCAACUUGAGUGAACAAAGGCGUAAAUCUGGUUCUAGACCGGCCAAUGACAAGAGUGCAGAUGGAGUUGGUGUGUCUGCCACAGAGAAGAGGUUUGCCUACAGUCUAUUGGAGAAGUUGCUGGGUUAUUUUGAUAAUGCCUCCACCAAUUUAAUGGAGACCAGGCCUAGCAGUCGAUUCAGUCGCAGAGGAAGUUACUCCACUGCCACGGAGGAUGUCAAAUUUUUUGCAAAAGUUGUACUCCCAUUUGUUAAGAAGUAUUUUCACGCACACAAGGACUACUUUGUGGGGAAAGCAGGAUCCUCAACUAGUUCCUCUACAGCAUCUGUGAAAGAGAAAGAAAUGACAGCAAAUUUGUUCUGCAAGCUGGCGGCCACACUGAGGACAAAGAUAACAGCAUUUGGUCAUGAUAUUAACAUUUCUGUACGAUGUCUCCAAGUGCUAGUCAAAGCUGUGGAUGCAAGAUCUGUAGUGAAAAACAGCCCAGAGAUGGUGAGAGCCUCUCUUCUGCCAUUCUUCAACAAUGCUGCGGAUGAUUUAGCCCAGGUUGUGGACAAUCUGAACAAAGGUCGUUUCAGUCAUGUGAAGGGCACCAUCACUAGGGGAGCCACCAGUCUGGACUUUGUACACAUGGUGCUGCUGCCAGUGCUGUCCUCUAUGUUUGAUCACCUAGGGACAUACAACUUUGGACCUGAUCUCAUUGUGAGUGACAUUCAACUUUCCUGUUAUCGUAUCCUGAAUUCCUUAUACUGCCUUGGAACAAGCAACAACAGCAUAAUAAACAGGGACACUAUUUUAUCGGAGUUGUCCAGACAUCGACCUGCCUUGGGCGAGUGUUUGAGUUCCUUUGCUUGCUGUUUCCCAGUUGCCUUCUUGGAGCCUGAACGUAACAAAUUUAACAGAAACUCAUUGAUGUUUGGGAUAGAGGAGGAAAAACUUGCUGAACACUCACUGGAAGCUCAAGAGGUAAUGGAACUCCUUGCACAAACUUUGCCUGGUCUGCAGAGAAUCAUCGAAGAAAUAGCAGAGCUGGCUGAAUCUGGAGGAAAAUACCAGGAGGCUCCUCAUGUUAUAGAAGUCACUCUGCCCAUGUUGUGCAGUUACCUGCCAUUUUGGUUGUCCCACAGUGAAGCUGAAGGGGUUAACAGUGUAACUGCUGUGACAGAAGAGUUGAUGAAUCAAGUUCUUGGAAAUGUUUUGAAACUCAUCCGCAACAAUAUUGGAGCUAUAGAUGCUCCCUGGAUGAACAGAAUUGCAACUCGAACCCAGCCCAUUAUUGCCAAUUCCACCCCAGAUAUGAUACAGGACCACUUCUUGCCAAUUGCAACCAUUCUACAGAAAAACAGUCAGAUUGUAGAAAGGAAAGAGAAACAGUUGCUAGCCAGUAAACAUGGAUCUAGUGAAACGGCAGACCUGGAGGCAGAUGUCCAGCAGUCCUAUGGUAUAUUGGUGAGAGAUAUCUAUGCCUUUUUCCCACUGCUGAUUAAGUAUGUGGAUCUCCAUCGCUCCCACUGGCUUAAACACCCCACUAUGGAUGCUGAGGAGCUUUUUAGCUGUGUGGCAGAACUGUUUGGACUGUGGUCCAAGUCUAUUAUGUUUAAGAGAGAGGAGCAGAAUUUUGUGUUGGGUAAUGAAAUUGACAAUAUGGCCUUGAUAAUGCCCAGUCAGUCAAAGACUAGUUCCUCCCCGCAAAAUGUGAUGAACCCUGUCCUCAGUGCAGAGAACGGCAAGAGGACUGGACGGAAGAGAGAGAAGAAGCGAUUAGAACCACACAACAGUCUUAAUGUGGCAUGUCUGAAGCGGCUAUUGCCAAUAGGUCUCAGCUUCUUCAGUGGCCGAGAACAGGAACUACUUCAACAGGUCAAACAGAAACUGAUCGAGCGAAGCUCCGAUGAGUCGGAUUAUGAUUUCGAUGUAACGGAAUCAGAAGCAGAUAUUGAGGACUUUAUGCAGCAGAAAUUGGAAGCAGAUGAAGGGCCAACAGAUGACAAAGUUCGAUGGCAGAAGGUUUUGUACACCAAGAUCGGGGGAGUGGAAAGAACUAAUGUAGACCAACAUCAUGUUCUGGAAAGAAUUCUGUCAAUGGCCAAAGUCAUGCAUGGAUUACACAUGAUCUGCGAGGUGGAACAUCCAUCAGGUAGCCACAAGAAUGUGUGGAAGAAGGUGAUCUCCACCCAGAGGAAGCGAGCUGUCAUGGCCUGCUUCAGGAUGGUGCCUCUCCAUGGUUUACCAAGACAUAGGGCUAUCAAUCUCUUCCUGAACUCCUAUAAAGAGCAGUGGCUUGGGACAGAGGAGUAUGAAAAGAAAGUGCUCAUUGAGGACCUUACUAGGGCUGAAGAGGAAGAGGACAUAGAGAAGAAGGAAGAGGUUGAGGUCAAACCAGACCCCUUGGAUCAACUUAUUACCUGCCUCAGUCGAGCCGCCACCAAAGAGCAGCAUGGAAGUCUACCAGAAGACGGCUUGUACAUGUCUUACGCUCAGAUUAUGGCACAGAGUUGUCAUGGUGAAGAUGAGGAUGAUGAUGAUGAAGAGGGUGGGGAUGAGGAAGGACCAGGUUCCUCCUUCCAGGAACAAGAGAUGGAGAAGCAACAGCUAUUGUUUGAGCAGUCCAGACUAGCGGAUCGUGGAGCAGCAGAGAUGGUCCUGCUGUACAUCAGUGCGAGCCGAGGUGUGAAUAGUCCUAUGGUGGGAGACACUAUAGAACUGGGAAUCUCACUUCUGAGAGGAGGAAAUGUAGAAGUUCAGAAGAACAUGCUGAAGCACCUGAAAGAGAAAAAGGAUGUGGGAUUUUUUUCAUCUGUGUCUGGACUAAUGCAGCAGUGCAGUGUUCUUGAUUUGGAUGCAUUUGAAAGAAUUAACAAAGCUGAGGGGUUAGGGAUGAGUUCUGAUGCCUGCUCAGGAGAGAAAAAUCUGGAGGAUGCAGCAACAACUUGUAAGCUCUUCCGAUUUCUGCAGCUGCUAUGUGAAGGUCACAAUCUGGAAUUCCAAAACUACCUGCGAACCCAGGCUGGUAACAACACUACUGUGAACAUUGUGAUCUGUACAGUGGAUUACCUGUUGAGACUUCAGGAGUCCAUGAUGGACUUUUACUGGCACUACUCUGGUAAAGAUAUCAUUGACCCAUCAGGAAAAGGAAACUUCUGCCGAGCCAUUAAUGUUGCCAAACAGGUGUUCAGAACCCUCACUGAGUAUAUACAGGGUCCAUGUUCCCAGAACCAGUUAGCCCUGGCACAUAGUCGACUCUGGGAUGCAGUGGGCGGAUUCCUCUACAUAUUUGCCCACAUGCAAGAUAAACUAUCUAAGGAUUCAACACAGUUGGAACUUCUGAGAGAGUUUAUGAAGCUUCAGAAGGAAAUGAUGAUCAUGUUGCUGUCCAUGUUGGAGGGAAAUGUGAUGAAUGGCCCUAUAGGUAAACAGAUGGUGGACACACUAGUGGAGUCCCAGGCCAAUGUAGAGAUGAUAUUGAAGUUCUUUGACAUUUUCCUUAAGAUGAAAGAUCUCACAUCAUCUGAAGCAUUCCUGGAAUAUGAUACAAAUGGUGAUGGAUGGAUAUCCAUUAAGGAGUUCCGCAGAGCUUUAGAUUCAAUGAAGAUUUACAAUGAAGAGGAAAUUGAGUACAUCAUGAUGUGUGUGGAUGCCAAUCAGGACGGUAAGGUGGACUUUAAUGAGUUCACUGACCGAUUCCAUAAUCCGGCCAAAGACAUUGGUUUCACAAUGGCUGUGCUACUCACCAACCUGUCUGAACACAUGCCUAAUGAUCCUAGAUUGGAGAGGUUCCUAGAGAAGGCCCAUUCCGUGCUGGACUAUUUUGGCCCAUUCCUGGGUAGGAUAGAGAUCAUGGGCAGUGCCAACAAGAUUGAGAGAGUGUACUUUGAAAUCAAACAGUCCCAUAUUGACCAGUGGGAAAAGCCUCAGAUCAAGGACUCCAAGAGGUCCUUCCUACACAGUGUUGUCAAUGAAGGGGGCGAUAAAGAGAAACUUGAAUGCUUUGUCAAUUUCUGUGAAGACACAAUUUUUGAAAUGCAGCAUGCCACCAGUAUUAGUGCUGAGGAGCAGAGGAUAGCAGCUCUCAGGAGUGGAGUGGGACUCCAGGAAGAAAGCGGAGGAGGAGUCCUGGAGCCAAUAAAACUCUCCUGCCGAUUCCUGUACAGUGCUUUCGCAACGUUUUUAUCUUUUUUCACUUGGACGAAUCUUAAGACGACGUACCAGGCUUUUAAAAGGAUGACUUGGCCCCAGGUGGUCUGGACUCUCGUCAAACUUUGUGUGAGACUAGUCUUCACUUUACUCACUUUCGUCUUCCAUGUAUUCUGGACAUUAUUGAAGUUUGUUGUGAACAUGAUGAAAGGUGAACAAGAUAAAGAAUCAGUAGAACAACCAGAAAUCUUAGCUCUUCCAGCACCCUCCCUCCACAGAGAACAGAAAACACCGCCUGUACAAAACGGGACACCAGCUGCUCCCACAGAAGAAGGACUUGCCUCGCCAACAGGUGUCCAACAAGAGACUGUUGAGGAGAGUCCAGAGCCCAGUACAUCAACAGAACCACCAGCAGAGGCCACUACACAACAGGAUGCCAGCUUGUCUGUGGCACCCCCAGUCUCCCCACCCAGGAUGUCAGCUGACAGCAAAUCAAAUGAAGAAGAGAUUCCGUAUGAAACUAAAGGAUUUGAUUACGGAAAAUAUGCUCUGUAUUUAAGUGUUUUAAAACAGAAGUUAAUUUUAAUUGGGAGUCUUUUUGCCCGCAAUUUCUACAACUUUAAGUAUGUUGCCUUGUUCCUUGCCUUUAUUAUCAACUUCAUGCUGCUCUUCUACAAGGUUUCCAAAGUGACCCACGAACAUGAAGAAUCCAAUGGGAACCAGACAGAGGAAGAAGAGGAGUUUGAUGAGGUUCUAGCCAUGCAGGGAGAUAACAACUACAUGGAGAUUUUUGUCCGCCUUCUGGCUUUGGCCCAUACUCUGGUUUCAUUUUCUAUGUUGAUUGCCUACUACUGCCUCAAAGUGCCUCUGGUCAUAUUCAAAAGGGAAAAGGAGAUUGCAAGAAAGUUAGAGUUCGAGGGAUUAUGGGUUGCUGAACAGCCAGAAGAAGGUCUCAAAGGUCUGUGGGAUAAACUAGUUCUCAGCACACAGUCCUUCCCUGACAGCUAUUGGGACAAAUUCGUCAAGAAGAAGGUACGAGCCAGAUAUGCUGAACAAUAUGACUAUGAAGCUAUUAGUAAUUUGCUGGGAAUGGACAAAGGAGACUCAAUCAAAAUUGAAGAAACAAAAUCCACUGGAUUCUUCCCAAAUUUCUUGUUCAGUGUGGACUGGCAGUAUCAGAUUUGGAAAUGGGGUGUCAUAUUUACCGACAAUUCUUUCCUCUACAUAGCAUGGUACUUCAUCUUUUCUGCCAUGGGAAACUUCAACUACUUUUUCUUUGCUGCUCAUUUAUUGGAUGUUGCCAUUGGUUUCAAGACACUUAGAACAAUUCUGCAGUCUGUAACACACAAUGGAAAACAGCUGGUGCUGACUGUGAUGCUGACCUGUGUAGUGGUCUACAUUUACACUGUAAUAGCCUUCAACUUCUUCCGCAAAUUCUACGUCAAAGAAGAGGAGGGGUCAGUGGACUACAAGUGCCAUGACAUGCUCACUUGUUUUGUGUACCAUUUACACACUGGAGUAAGAGCAGGAGGAGGAAUUGGUGAUGAGAUUGAGCCAGCAGAUGGGGAUCCUUUUGAGGUUCCCAGAAUUCUAUUUGACAUCACCUUCUUCUUCUUCGUCAUUGUCAUUCUUCUAGCCAUUAUUCAAGGUUUAAUCAUUGAUGCCUUCGGAGAACUGAGAGAUCAACUUGAGCAAGUAAAAGAAGAUAUGGAGUCAAAAUGUUUCAUCUGUGGCAUUGGAAAAGAAUAUUUCGAUAAAGUUCCACAUGGUUUUGAAACCCAUGUCAUGAAAGAACACAAUUUUGCUAAUUACAUGUUUUUCCUGAUGCACCUGAUUAACAAACCAGACACGGAAUACACAGGCCAGGAGUCCUAUGUUUGGGAGCUCUAUCAACAGAGAUGCUGGGACUUCUUUCCAGUCGGGGACUGCUUCAGGAAACAGUAUGAAGAUGAGGGGGACAAAAGUUGAUCAUCCGACAAUCUCCUCCAACUGACACAUCUAUGCCUGGACUUGACAUAGACACAGAUCCACGAUUAUGCAUCAACUGAAAUUUGCCUAGGAAGCACAUGGAUAUAUGAUAUUUUGUGAUUCUGCGCCCUUGUUUUCCACUUUAUUUUCCCCCCAAAACACAAGAUAUUGAAAUAUUUUGUGAUAAAUACAUGUAACAUGUUCUACUUCUGCAUAGGUUGAAACCUUGGACAGGUCAUAAAAUUCUGUGUUAAAGUUGUCUCAAACAGCAAUGGUACGACUGCAUGUAUAUACUGUGUACCUGUUGAAAAGACUGAUGGAUGUGAAAAGACAAUGCUUGUUUGUUGCUGUGGUUUGUAUCCAUUUAAAGAUAGUUGUGUUGUUAAUGAAGAAAACAAUACCUCUAGAUAUUUUAGUCUCAUCUGCUAUAAUAAUUUUAAGGCUUUCGACAAUCUUGACGUUGAAUGUUGACCCAUAUGUGUGUGUACUGUGAUGAAGUGCAAUAUUUUCCUUAGAAUUUUGUAGGUUUUUUUGGGAAUCAUUUAUUUCAUAUUACACAAUUUUUUACCAUGUUUUAUUUUCAUGUACCAUACUAAAUGUCCUAAAAAAAGGUUUGUUAUACAUUAGAUAUUUAUGGUUUAUAACACCCACUUUUAUUUUAUCUAUUUUCAAAUCAAUAAACAUUUGAAAACAAAA